GGGGCGAAUAGGAUAAAAGGAGACAGAGGGAGGGCUCAGCCAUAUCGACAAGUAAGAAUCAGGUGACAGCACACAAAAUCUGUUUUUCAUUUUCAAAACCGGGCUCUGUCUCGUCAUCAAGGUAACCCACGAGACAGAAUUACUACUUUUAUUUCAUCCGGUUGCAUUUGGAUGGACAGUUUGCAGAAGCUCUUACGCAACAGAAGCGUGGAGUUCGUUCGUGUGGCAAGAAAGAAGGACGAAAUUAAAGCAAACAUUUCUGUAUGCAUUUUUUUUAUUUUUGUUAAUCCCACUGAUUUUUGAAAGGAUUACCGGAGCGAAGAUGACAGAGAAACGGCUGGCUCGCGUGACAUUGCUGGGACUGAGAGCUGCGUAGACAAAUCACCUUGGAUCUUGUUUAGCACGACCUAAUGGAGCAGGGACACGCUGAAAAGAUGCAUCCAAAGUCCAGCUGCCCUGCACCCUCCGGGCUCCCCAUUAACUGGGGACUCAUCACCGGUCCUGUUCCUGAGCCCAUUUUCCCCACAGCCUCUCUGCACACCUCCUUUCCUCCUCCUCAGAGUUCGGCCGUGCAUUCGCUGCAGACCAAAGUCAAGUCGCUGACUCAAAGAAAAACGCGAGGGAGAGAAAGAGACAAGGACAGAGAGAAGUUGGACACCGAGGCGCACGUGAGCGCUCCUUCUGGGCAGAUUUCGUCCGAAGUCUUUCUCAGGCAGAGACCCAGAGGUAACGAUCAGCUCUCUGUGCCUUCGUCCUCCUGGAGAUCAGGUGCAGUGAAGGACUCCAGUAGUGAUGAAGAGGAGGAGGUAGAGGUCCAAGUCAGGCUGGAGAUCCACAGUCCUCCAGCUGAAGUGCAAACUGAGGAGGAAAAAAAGUUGGUAAAAAAUGAAGGACAGAGCAGUUCUAUGAUAGAGAAAAUGCGUGGAGAGGGCACCAGUUUGGAGAGUCUUCUCUCAGACAGCUCGAGUAGUAGUAAGGACGAUCCAUCUCCUCCUCCUGUUCCUCCUCCUCCUGCGCCUAUGCUCUCUUCCACCUGUUCAUCUUCACCGAGGUCCUGGGCUCCUCCGAAGGGCUUCUGGAGAGUAGCCCGUCCAGAAACACUGCUUCUCAACGGGGUUGGACCCCACAACAUACCCCCAACUUUACCUCUAAAGGACUACACUCAGAUAGAGGUGCAAGCAGAACCUCAGAAAAAGUCCAGACCAUCCAAGACCGGAUCCAGGGAUGAGGCAGACGAUGCCACGUUGAAGUUCAAACACUCCGACAGCGCAGAGUUAUACCUGAACAGGUGUGAGCAAAGAGAGGCGGACGUGGGCGAUGUGGCCAAAGCACCGUGCACUUCUGACAGCUGGGAGAGCACGUCUUCACAAAGCGGGGUGCUCUGUGCUGACCUGAAGCUCAGGGUGAAGGAGAGGGCCUAUGCAAAGUUACGGGAAAGGCAACGAUCCUGCAGGGAGAAUCACGAUCAGCCUGGAGGAGAAAGUGUCGAUUACUAUGGAGACAUAACAUACAGGGUGGAUUAUAAAGUUUCAGGUGACCAGGGGGUUCUGGACAGCACAGACUCAGCCCUUCUUGCUCAGGAACUUGAACCCUAUUUGAGGUCACUUCUUGUAAUCAGCGACGAGCUACCUCUAAGUCCUCGACAUGAACAAGCCAAGCGUCUUCUGGAGCGAGCCAGACUGAAGGCUCGGUCCACUCACGUCAAGGGUGACCGUACCAGACGCUCCCAAUCUGACCAAAGAUCCACAGCCAAGAAGCCAGAAAACGGAUCUCCCGGUGGAACAACAGAGCAGAAAGCUGUUGAAACCAAAGAGGACCCUCCAGCUCAAACGGUGUCUGGUCCCCUUCUUGUCCCCACUCAAAGAGACACAUCUCCCAGUGACCAAGCGGGUCCAUCUAGGCGAUAUGGCUGUUCGCCCACACGUGUGCGCUUUGAGGAUGAGUCUGAGAAAGAAGCGGAGUCUCGCUAUUUGGACCGAGUGAGACAGCGAGGCAGACCUGGGAUGCCCAAGUCCAAAGCAAAAGAAAGCACCACGGAUUCCAGCAGCAGCGGCUCAGAGAGGAGCAGAGGCCAGAGAAGUGUUUCUAUGCCACCUUCUCAGAAGCAGGAAGACCUGGUUCCAAGUAACGAAACAAAAGUGAUCAAGGAAAUAAUAGUGCUGGUGAAGAAAUGUGAAGCCUGUGGCGCUGUAGUUAGGGAACCUCAGACAGUCUCAUCACCGUCAGAUCCACAGAGCAAUGAACCACAGCUGUCUGCCAGCCUGGAGGAGCCACGGGGAAGAACAUCUCUGUGCUCGGUGCUGUCAAACAAAGUGGAGACAAGCACUCGUCCCAAAGCUCCCCUUACCGUCACGUUUGCUGGAGCUUAUGUACUGGGUGAAGAUAAAGAAACCAGCACAGGGUGGAAGCCAUCAGGCUUUGGGAAACUCAGGAGAAGAAGCAGGAAGGGAGAAAGUCGGUUGGAAUCGGGCCACGGCCCUUACGGCCCGUCGUGGGCUCAGAGGCGUAACUCGAACCCACGGAACAGGUUGAACUUAAACGCAGCCGUUUCCUUUGCUCCUGGAAGCCCCAUCACGUUGGAGCCCCAGCUACUGGAGGCCUCUGGUGGACUCAGAGAAUCACCCGCAUCUUUACUUCCUAUAAAGUCAGCACUAAAGUCAAGCUCAAAACAUCGCCCUGCUACGGGUCAGUCCACAGUUCAGUUCCAGAUGUCCUCAAAUCAAGGAGACGAAGGCAGAUCCCAGUCCCUUCUGGACUCUCUAGAGUCAAGAAGAGAGUCUCCGGUUACUCUUAACCAAGGAGCAGCAUCAACAAACAGCCCAGUGCCCUUCAUCAGGCCCUCUACCCUGAGGUACUCCCCAGUUAGACUCGCCUCAGAUCUGCCAUCUGCUGAGCUCUGGGACAUCACUCCAGAAGGAGCAGGUCUCAGCGGAGAGACUGGUCCUGGACCAGAGUUCCGCUCUCUCCGUGGCAUGGCCAUGUCUCGGUCCGAGGACCUCAGAGCUGAGCUGUUGAGAUCAGAACAUUUGAAAGCUGAGGCAUUAUGGGAGGAAAGCUCAGAUGGUUCCAGAAAACUGGACGGAAGGCCGAAGCUCUUUCUGCGUCGCUUCUUUUCCUCCAUUGGACUGAACAGCGUUGGCAGGCUUGUGAAAGGGGGUCGCUCCAGUAGCAUGGAACAGCUCAGCCUACCCACAGUCCCACGGGCAAGCUCAGCCUCACCGAGCCCCACCCGGAGACCUCAGCCAAGCAUCCGGAUACAGAGGACUCCCUCGCUGCAGACCCUGCACACGGUGCUGCCACUGGCCCAGCUCCGUAAAGCGUCCUCAGUGCAGAGCUUAGAAAGAAGAACUGAGCGUUCAACAAUACUUGGAGAAGUCCAGAUACCUUACGGCCUGGCACCCAGCCCUGAGAGCCCCCAGCUUGAGCUCCACAGGACCCUAAGCGUUGAAGACGUGGUUGUCUCUAGAAUGGUGCGUCCGGUGGGCCGAGUCACCCAGGCUUUCCCUGAUGGCACCAUCCUCCUGGAGCUCAUCAAACCCCCAAACGGCCCAUUUGGUUUUGUAAUAUCAAGGGGGAAAGGUCGACCAGACACAGGUGUGUAUGUUGAGAAGGUUGGUGACGGCAGUGUGGAGGGCCUUCUUGGCGUUGGAGAUGAAAUCCUGCAGGUGAACGGGGAGGUGGUGGCUGGACUCAGUUUGGACCAGGUGACGCGACUCAUGACCCGGGAGAGCAGCGCCUCGCUUCGGAUCCUGCCUGCUCGACGAAAUCAGCGCUGAGUGGUGGGAGGGACACGGCACGCCGCCGCUUCUUCUGGAGAACACAAUCCAAACAUGACUAAAUGACUGCAGCAUUGCAGUUUGAAGUAAUGGUUCAUCUCUUAUGAGAAUUGCAUAAAGGAUCUUUACUUUUUUAUGAACAAGAUUGGAUUGAUAAAGGACUGUAAUAUCUUUUCUGGGUUUUUUUCUUUCUUUUUUUGCUCUUUGCAUUUCGAAGCAGCAAAGCUUAGACUGAUCAGUAAUUUAGUUAAAUCUAGUGUAACAUUAUUUUCUCAUUUAGGAUCACUAUGAAAAAGCUGCACAUUUAGAGAAAAUAGCCUUUCUCCCAUCACCGGCUCUUUGCUCCCAAUCUGUGCGUCUAUUCUACCUCUUAGACUAUUCAAUUAGAUUGAUGUGCUUUUUAUUUCUUCUGAAAUAAAGCAUUUUAUUUUGGCAACUCUUUUAUUCUUGGAUUUCAUUUCAUUUUAAUAAAAAAAACAGAAAAAAGAGACACUGUGGCUCUUAGAUCAUGUUCUGGAAACUUAAGUGCAUCCUGCCAAGAACUGUGGUCAGAAACCAGUAACAUUAGAUAAAUAAAGAAUUUGUUGUCUACAUUUUUUACCCAAGCGUUAGAAGGAGCAAAG